UGCGCAAACAGACUAUCACUAGCAUCCCUGCCCCCCCGGAACCCCCGCCAGCUGCGAGAGUUUCUGGGAACAGCGGGAUUCUGCCGCCUCUGGAUCCCAGGGUUUGCCGAAAUGGCUGCACCCUUGUAUCCUCUAACUAAACAGGGGACAAUGUUUGAUUGGGGAGAGGAACAGCAGAGGGCUUUCAAAAACAUUAAGAAAGCCUUACCAGCCUCCCCUGCUUUAGGCCUCCCUGACAUUACCAAACCCUUUGACUUGUUCGUGGAUGAGAGACAGGGUUACGCCAAAGGGGUCCUAACUCAAAAACUGGGCCCUUGGAGGCGUCCUGUAGCUUAUCUCUCAAAGAAACUCGACCCAGUUUCUUCAGGGUGGCCGCCCUGUCUGCGAAUGGUAGCAGCUAUUGCAGUCCUCACUAAAGACGCGGGUAAACUAACCCUGGGCCAGCCACUGACUAUCCUGGCACCCCAUGCGGUGGAAGCCUUGGUCAAGCAGCCUCCAGACCGCUGGCUCUCCAAUGCCCGCAUGACUUACUACCAAGCCCUGCUCCUGAAUGUGGACCGGGUGCAAUUCGGACCUGUGGUCACUCUUAAUCCCGCGACCUUGCUCCCCCUGCCGGAGGACCCGGAACACCACGACUGCCUCCAGAUCCUCGCAGAAACACACGGGACCAGACCGGACCUGACAGAUCAACCCCUCCGAGAUGCUGACUAUACUUGGUAUACGGAUGGCAGCAGUUUCCUGGCAAAUGGGGAACGAAGGGCGGGGGCAGCAGUGACAACAGAGACUGAGAUAAUUUGGGCAGAAGCCCUACCAGCAGGCACCUCCGCCCAGAGAGCUGAACUCAUCGCUCUGACCCAGGCACUCCGGAUGGCAGAAGGUAAGAGACUGAAUGUUUAUACGGAUAGCCGAUAUGCAUUCGCCACGGCUCACAUACAUGGGGAAAUUUAUCGAAGACGAGGGCUGCUGACCUCAGACGAAAAGGAAAUUAAAAACAAACUUGAGAUACUGGCACUCCUAAAAGCCUUAUUUUUGCCCCCAAAAUUAAGUAUUAUGCACUGCCCUGGGCAUCAAAAAGGCCAUAGCCCUGAGGCAAAGGGAAAUAGGCUGGCAGAUAACGCUGCCCGAGAGAUUGCUAUAAAAUCAACCAAGACCUCCCAAGCUCUCCCCUUGACGAACCCGGAAGAGGCCCAAGCCUCCAGUUCACUACUCUAUAGUAAAGAGGACAUUGAUCUUCUAAAGAAGAUGGGGGCUACAUAUGACACCAAAAAGCAACAUUGGGUUCUCAAGGAAAAGAUUGUUAUGCCAACAAAACAUACUUAUAAAAUGAUAGACUACUUGCAUAAAUUGACUCAUCUGGGGCCAAAGAAGAUGAAAAUCUUGCUGGACAGACAGGAGUCAGGCCAAUACCUCCUAAACAGGGACGGAGCCCUGCAAAAAGUGACUGAUGAAUGCCAAGCCUGCGCUCAGGUAAAUGCAGGCAGAACCAAGCUUGGUCCAGGAGUUCGGAUACGGGGACAUCGUCCCGGAGUACAUUGGGAGAUCGACUUUACGGAGGUUAAGCCAGGUCUCUAUGGGUACAGAUACCUCUUGGUGUUCAUAGACACUUUUUCAGGAUGGGUAGAAGCCUUUCCCACCAAAAACGAAACCGCAAAGGUGGUAACCAAAAAGCUCUUGGAAGAAAUAUUUCCCAGGUUCGGAAUGCCUCAAGUCUUAGGCACCGAUAAUGGGCCCGCCUUCGUCUCCCAGGUGUCUACAGAUUGUGCAGAGAGAGGUUUGGAAGCCACUCGCCGCUGCUUACCGAGACCAACUGAACCAGCCGGUGGUACCGCAUCCCUUCCAGAUAGGAAAUACUGUUUGGGUCCGCAGACACCAGACCUAAAACUUGGAACCUCGGUGGAAAGGCCCUUAAACUGACCUUCUGACCCCCAAUGGCACUAAAGGUUGACGGCAUCGCAGCCUGGAUCCACGCCUCACACGUUAAGGCCGCCCAUACAGCUGACAAAAUGGAGCCCGCCGCAACCCCAGCAUGGAGAGCCCAACGCACUCAAAACCCCUUAAAGAUAAGGCUUACCCAUGGGGCCCUUGGAUCAUUAUAUGGGCCCUACUAAACUGGGGAUGGCGACAUUCCCGGGAGAUGACUGCCAUCACCCGGGGUUGGAGGGGGGCGACAUGGGACCAGGAACAAACACUUCUAUGUUUGUCCAGGACAAAACACACAAAAGGGACAUGGAGGGCCAAGGGACGGUUACUGUGCCCAAUGGGGUUGCGAAACGAUGGGGGAGGCUUACUGGAAACCCUCCUCCACCUGGGAUCUAAUCACGCUCAGACG